GCGCGCGCGCGCGCCCUCCCCCUGCCUCUAGGAUCUGGGUGGAUCUCCACUGGACCAGCGUUGGGAGCCUGUGGUGUGUUCGCUGGGCCCUGCGGUGGUCGCGAUCGUAGGGUCUUGGCGACAUCUGAAGGUCCAGUCCGCCUUUGCCCAGAGGGUGCCCGGCGAGUGGUAACAGCCUUCUGGCCGUGCAGGAUCCGCCUUGCCCGUGUUUCACCACCCCAGCCAGGUGCAGUGACUUUGCCGAGUUCGCGCCACGCCUAAGCUCUGUAGUUGGGAUCUGGCGCCAGGCGUCUGGCUUCAGAUGCCUGUGUGUAGCAUCAUGCGGUGAUGUCGGCGGCUGCAGGUGGCCUUUGAAGGCUUAGGAUUCUGGAGUUUGGACCGAGGUCGUUAAGGCCCUGCACAAUCAACUAACACAUUGACCUUCAGCACCUGGAAGGUGGUGGCUGGGAGUGAUGGCGCCCCUCAGGGAGAGGAGCGAUGACCCCGUGCUGCCGGACCCGCCCCCGGGGCCCCUGCACGUGGCCCGCGCCCGCGCUUCAUUCCCCUGGAAGGAGCUGGCACUGUUCUGGGAGGGCGAGGACACGCUGCGCUUCAAGAAAGCCAUCUUCUCGGCUCUGGAGAACGACCCCCUCUUCGCCCAUCCCCGUGGCAGCCGGCUCUCGGUGGAGAAGUACCAGGAGCUGAACUUCCUGCGCUGUAAGAGGGUCUUCGAGUACGACUUCCUCCCCGUGGGGGACAUGCCGGGCAGCCUGCCGAGGGUCCUGGCACUGAUCGAAUGCCUGGGCAUGUACGACUGGUCCCUGGCCGUCAAGUUCUUCCUGCACGUGCUGACUUUUGGAUCGGCCAUUUACAGCUCUGGUUCCGAACGGCACCUCAAGUACCUUCCAAAGAUCUUCAGUUUGGAGAUUUUUGGAUGUUUUGCUCUGACGGAAGUGAGUCAUGGGAGUAACACCAAGGGCAUACGCACGACCGCUCACUACGACCCCAGCACCCAGGAAUUCAUCAUCCAUUCCCCCGAUUUUGAAGCCGCCAAGUUCUGGGUUGGCAACAUGGGCAAGACUGCUACCCACGCAGUGGUGUUUGCUCAGCUGUACACACCGGGGGGCCAGUGCCACGGGCUGCACCCCUUUCUCGUCCAGAUUCGGGACCCGAAGACCCUUCUUCCCAUGCCGGGGGUGAUGGUCGGCGACAUUGGGAAGAAGCUGGGGCAGAACGGCCUGGACAAUGGGUUCGCCAUGUUCCACAAGGUCAGGAUUCCCCGCCAGGACCUGCUGAACCGCUCGGGAGACGUCACCCCUGAGGGCGCCUACGUCACCCACGUCAAGGACGUGGGGCAGCGCUUCAGCGAGUCCCUGGGUAGCCUGUCGUCUGGCCGGGUCGCCAUCGUGGGCAUGUCCGUCGUGAACCUGAAGCUGGCCGUGUCCAUUGCUGUGCGUUUCUCGGCCACCAGGCGUCAGUUUGGGCCGACGGACAAGGAGGAAGUCCCGGUGCUGCAGUACCCGAUGCAGCAAUGGCGCUUACUGCCGUACCUGGCCGCCGCCUACGCCUUGGACCACUUUUUCAAAUCGCUCUUCCUGGAUCUGGGGGAGCUUCAGCAAGGCCUCCUGGGGAAAGACCAGAGCGUCAGGCAGGCCGAGCUGGAACGUGAGAUCCACGCCUUGUCGUCCGCCGGCAAGCCCCUGGCCUCGUGGACGGCCCAGCGGGGGAUCCAGGAGUGCCGCGAGGCAUGUGGAGGACACGGCUACCUGGCCAUGAACCGUCUGGGCGACCUCAGAGACGACAACGACCCCAACUGCACGUACGAAGGCGACAACAGCGUCCUGCUGCGGCAGACCAGCAGCUACCUGCUCGGCCUGCGGGCUCGCCGGGGCCCAGGUGGUGCCCGCAUCGAGAGCCCCCUGAAGACCGUGGACUUUCUGGAUGGCUAUGCAGACAUCCUUGACAGGAGGUUCGAGGGCUCCAGCCCCGAGGACUUGUUGGACUCCUCAGGUGGGCAGAAGCUGACCCUCUGGCCGGUCACCCAGGAGCUGGAAAGUCAGCCCAGCUGCCAGAGAUGGAGGGUGCUGGGCCCGCUGCUGGACCCGCACCAGCUGCGGGGCUUUGGGCGCGUCCCCCAUCAUCCUGCCUCGCCGCGGAUUGGGACGGCACCGCCUCUGCUGGCUGUCCCGCUGGCGGCAUACGAGUGGCUGGUCUGCUACCUGCUCCGUGAGAGUCACCAGAAGCUCAGUCAAGAGAAGCGCUCAGGGAAAAGCGACUUUGAAGCCAUAAACAACUGUCAGGUGUACCACUGCCGGCCCUUGGCCCUGGCGUUCCUGGAGCUCACGGUCGUGCGCAGGUUCCACGAGCACACGCACCAGCCGCACGUGCCACCCCCGCUGCGGGCCGUGCUCCGGCGGCUCAGCGCCCUCUACGCCCUGUGGUCCCUCAGCCAGCACACCGCCCUGCUCUACCGAGGCGGCUACUUCUCUGGUGAGCGUGCGGGUAAAGUGCUGGAGAGCGCCAUCCUGGCCCUGUGUGCACAGCUGAAAGAUGAUGCUGUUGCCCUGGUGGACGUCAUCGCCCCUCCGGACUUCAUCCUGGACUCACCGAUUGGCAGAGCAGACGGCGAGCUCUAUAAAAACCUCUGGACUGCCGUCCUUCAGGAAAACAAGGUGCUGGAGCGGGCAUCUUGGUGGGCGGAAUUCGCGGUCAACAAGCCCGUCGUAGGACGUUUGAAGCCAAAGCUGUGAUGGUACCGGCUCAGUCUGGCGAAGCCAUGAACACCUGGGCCUCACGUUCGCCUCUGGAAGCCCCAGCCCUGCAGUUCUACCUGGCUGCUUGUCCUGUCGAGUCCAGGGCUGGAGCAGCUUAUCCUGGCCUGGCCCCGCCCCCCGCCCCAAGUCCCACCAGGACGGGUCACGUCCAAAGGCAGGACUGCUUUGGGUCAUCCCUAUUUGCUGGGUGAAAAGAAAGUUUAUACAUAGAAUCAUGUCUUCCUGAGAGACUGAACACUUUUGGAUAAUUAGAGCUUUAGCAUACUUCUAUUUUCAUAUGCUGAUUAUGAAGCUGACUGCUUGUAAUUUGGGAUUUUUCUGGCCGGGUGAUCUUUUGCCUUCAUCUGAGAUUUCUUCCAAGGCUUUGCGUCACUAACCCCUGAACGAUGCCAGUCCGAUUCUUUGUUCACCCAAGUUUGACUUUCUCACGUCAUCAAAUCAUAUCAUAACUUUACUAAUUUGCACCGUGGACCACCCGAAUGGCAUAGUUGAAGAUUUUGAAGGAAAAUAAAAUCAGUUUUAUUAC